GUUAUGUUACAUAGUACCACCACCACUCCAAUCACCGAGACUGGGCUUCACGCGCCACAUUCGCGCGUAAGGUUGGCAGCGUCUAUUCCUCCAAAAGGGACCAAAGCGCAUUCCUUCGUCACCGUUCACUCUCGCUCGCCAGCACCCAACCUUGCCCUUGCCGGUGACGGAAUUUAAAAUCACCCGCCCUAGUCUCCAUCAAACCUUCACGUGAACCCUCUUUGGAUUGAUGACAACUUGUCUGGCUUGGGCAUCAAGAACAAAAAUCAACCUUUGUAGAGUUUUUCUGGAAAAUUAUGGAAGCACGUCCUGCUUUCUCCAUUGAAAGAUCAAGUGCUAAGCAACUCACUAACAUGGGGAUGUCUGAAGCGCUCCAUUCAUCGUUGCCUGUCCUACCAAACCCUCUAGAAGAGACAUACCCCAAAUUAUCUGAUUCUCAGUCAGCUUUUACAGAUAAAGAGCUUGGAACAAAACCUUUUACUCAUUCAAGUCAUUUAACUUCCAGUGGAGCAGUUGGGCAUAUGUUUUCAUCUUCUCCUGGAUAUUCGACUGAUCUUCAUCACUCAUCCUUUUCAUCUCAUGAAAAACAACACCCUAGAAAUACUCAUUUUAUUUCACAGUCGUUGAGUAACAUGGCUUCAUUGCCAUUAUCUUAUUCUUCAAAUAGUGGACCAGUGCCUUCUACAACGUCAACCCCUUAUUCCAAUGGUAACAGUGUUUCCUGGCAUACAGAUCCCCUGCCUACCUUUCUUGAUUUCCCUGUCAAUACCUCCAUUGAUAAUAAUCAAGUAGAAAGCAGUGCCUGCAAUAUUGUGGCAACUGAAGAGUAUUCUAAGAGAAAUGAUUGGCAGGAGUGGGCUGACCAGUUAAUCAGUGAUGAUGAUACUUUGACUUCUAAUUGGAAUGAUCUUCUUGCUGACAACAUUCAAGAUCUUGAACCAAAGGUGGUGUACCAGGUCUCAAAAUCAUCUUCACAAGUUCUGAUAGGACGCCAAUCCCAAAGCCAUCAACAACUUCCCACUUUAUCUGGAGAAAAUCGUGUUGGUGUUGCCCCAUCUUCCUCAGCAAAUUCUGUACCUGCCAAGCCACGGAUGCGGUGGACACCUGAGCUUCAUGAGGCAUUUGUAGAGGCUGUCAACCAACUUGGUGGGAGUGAAAGAGCUACCCCUAAAGGUGUGCUAAAGCUCAUGAAAGUUGAAGGAUUAACUAUAUAUCAUGUUAAAAGUCACUUACAGAAAUACAGGACAGCUAGAUAUAGACCCGAGUCAUCUGAAGGAGCUGCAGAGAAAAAACUAAGUCCAAUUGAAGAGAUGUCAUCUCUAGAUUUGAAAACUGGUAUUGAAAUCACUGAAGCUCUGCGACUGCAGAUGGAAGUUCAGAAGCGUUUGCAUGAGCAGCUUGAGAUUCAAAGAAAUCUACAGUUGCGAAUUGAAGAACAAGGAAGGUACCUUCAGAUGAUGUUUGAGAAGCAGUGCAAAUCUGGCGUUGAAACAUUUAAGGCUUCAUCCUCUGCCAUCGAGAGUCCAUCUGGAGUGUCUUCUGAUGCCAUGAAAGAUUCUCCUGCCAAAACUGAAUCAGCAACCGUCAAAGUGGACAAUUGCAAGUCAGGACCUGAUCAAGCUAAUGGCAGUACCCCAGUUGAGGAAAGCCCAUCUGAAGUGGGUGAAAAGCAGGAUGCUCCUGAAAGUCUAGCUUCUGAGAAUCCUAAGAAACAUGCUAGUGAAGAUAGUGCUCAAGCCCCAAAGCGUCAAAGGACGGAGGAGUAAGCCAUAUGAUCUAUUGAAUCAGCAUUGACUGACAAGAUGAUACUGAUUCAUUUGAGAUUUUUAUUAUUUAGUAAGGAAGACACUGAUGUCUAGAGCUCCAUAACUUUAGUUCCCCCGACUUGUUGUGUUCAAUGAGGACUUGCAUGUGUAUCUUUCAUUUUGUUACAAAAAUGAUGAGUCCAAUUUUUGAUCAUGACGAUCUUCAAACUUUUUAUGUAGCAUCCUGGUUAGGAUGAGAUUCUAGUGUACAGUACAGACAAUGGCUUCAUCUCAAAUCAUAAGUGAGGAAUGAAUUAGGAUAGUAUCUUACCAAAUACUACCAUCCAAAAUUCUAUGUUGAUACGUACAUCUACAAUAUAAAUGUUUAUUUUAACAGCUCAGAAAUGAUAAAAAGAAGGGUAUUCUAGUUCUGAA